CAGGCAGAUCUUCAAGCAGUGUGCCCCAGCAGACGUCGCAGUUGUGCCCUGGUUAACACUCCCUCACUGUGUGUCAACAAAGCUGUUUGCCAUAUUCAGGAGCUGAAGAAGCAACUGGAGAACUGGUGUCAACAGGUAAGAUGCUGAUGUCAUAGUGUGAUCAUGCAAGAGAGAGAGAACUAUUGGGCAAAUAUCACUGAUAUGAAAACAUUAUCCAAUCUGUCUAGAAAUACUGUAAGGUUGGAUACAUUUCUGUAAUUUGUCCUGUCCCCUCUAUCAGUCAGAAAAUGUUCAGCAUCAGAUGUCUCAUGAAAAACAUCAAAAUAGCAAAACUUUCAGGUAAGUAGUGUCUUGUUCAUCCAAUGUUAGUCUUCAUUUAAAGCUUUACAUUUACAGCAAUUAAAGGGAUAGUUCACCCAUAUUGGUUUCCUUACCCUGUUAGCAGUCUUUGGACAAGAUAUGACAACAAUCCAUCCUUUAAUUUAGCUUCCGUGGUAAUGUUUCCAAUUGGCCAAUAUUUUAGCAUUUGUGGCACAAAUCCCAUUCAAGUCAUGGGACCGACAUUAGCAUUUUUCGCACAUCAUGUUCAAAUCAUCCGAAAGUAUCUCAAAUGUAUUGUGAAGCUCAACAAAGUCACUUAUAGACGGGUUAGUUGUUUAGCAACAAAACCGACGUGUGCGCAACUAUGGGGCAAAACAGAUGUGGUUGGCUUAGAUUGUUGACAACAUGUAAACUAUAUUCUCCUAUGUUUAUUGAAAACAUAAAUACAUUUGCACAAUGAGCAAUUGUUGUCUCUCAAAUACAUUGUUACAGUUGUUGGUUAGCGAGCUAGCACAUUUUUGCCAUAUUAGCAUAGACGUGACGUCAGUCAAAACACCUCAAAACAAGACAUGGUAUGAAGAACAAGAGAAAACUAGCUGAAACGAGCCACUUACGAUUCCCCACAUGGCAGCUUCUUGUCAUUGUUGCUAGCUAUCUGGCCAUCCAGAAUCACAACAACACACAGACUUCUGCCCCAUUGAAGUGUGCGCAUUGUUUUUGUGAUGUUGUCAGCUAACCCAUCUAUAGAUUAUUUAAACAUGAUGCCAAAAAAUGCUAAUAUCUGUCCCAUCACUUGAAUGGGAUUUGUGCCACAAAUGCUAAAACGUUAUCAUUUGGAAUCUGUGCCCAGGGAAACUAAAUCAAGGUAUGGAUAGCCCUCUUACCUUGUCCUCAUACUGCUUACAGGGUAAGGAAAGCAAUAUGUAAUUUUGGAAUUUGUGUGAACUAUCCCUUUAAUGCGCCUAUUUCUUCAGGUAUGUGAAGAAAUGUGUUCCAUCUUUUCCAGAUUUCAUUCCAGUCAAUCCGAGUCUUAAAUUAUGUCUACAUAGUUAUACAUGGAAGGCAUUGGGCUAAGUGCAAGAGCUGAAAGAAGUGAAUUAUUUUUCUCAAAUGAGAGGGAUACAGUACACAGCCUUGUGUCAUAUUGAUGUCCAUGAACACAACAGAAUAUUUCUAGUAACAAAAAUGUCCAGUGUAAUGGCAUCUAUAAUGUGCACAUUAUUCUGAAUCAUCCAUAUACAGUACAUCCCCUAUUGUUUGCAGAUGCUUUCCAUACAAUGAGUCCACUUGUAGUGUAUUUUCGUUUAGCUUAGUUUAACUGACAAUUACCAAUAUUUUUAAAUAGAUAAGGCUAUUGGUAUACAUACACUGUACAAACAUCUUUCUUCAUUCAUACAGAAGUUGGCCUGUUGUCUCCGCUGUGUAAGGAAAGCACAUACACUACCGGUCAAAAGUUUUAGAACACCUACUCAUUCAAGGGUUUUUCUUUAUUUUUACUAUUUUCUACAUUGUAAAGUAAUCCUUCUACCUUACUACCAACUCUUAUAUACUGCAGAUGAUGCAAAAUAUGAUAUAUUCCGGUACAAAUAUUAUUUACUCAUCUAAAGUAACGUUGGACCCACGAUGGAUUUCAACAGCUCUCCAGUGUAAUUGCUUGCUCUUACUCUUACACACUGCGCAUGUGCAAUCCCAUAAUGGCUUGCGCACAUUAUUUAUGGAUCUCAUAAUCGGACAGUGCCAUCUAGUGGAUAUAAAGGAAUACAGCUAUGUGCUUUUGCCACCUGGCUACAUUUUCCCCUGCUACAAAGUCAACGUCCUCAGUGACUUAGCACAAGUUUCUAACUUCUCUUACAUCUUCUCUGAAGAAUACAGUACCCAGACUGGUUAUAACCUGGGACAACACUUCGGGACUGAGUGAAACUGCAUUAUUACAAGCUGAUUUAGGAACGUUAUACGGGUUUGAGUUUACCCCAGCAUUCACACUGGUACUUUUGUGCAGAGCAGGAACGGGCACUUCAACCUCUGGUUCAUUCACAUAAUCAUCUGCAAUAACUGGCUCAGAAACAUCUUGUUCCUCAGUAGCAUUGUCAUGUUCCACUUUACCGGAAAAAUAACUGUCACUAUCAGCGUUACCCACAGGUUCUGUGUUUCCCUCUCGCGUUACCUUUGGAUAGGAGACUUCCUCUGGAUAGGAGACUUCCUACACUACAAACUCAGGAUCAGAAGGCAAAGACUUAACAGGAGGGGCAAUGGGGGUUACUGGCGCACUGUUUUUCACUAGCCUAGGAGCAGGGACAGGAUGGUCUCUCACACAUGGCCUUAAAUUAACCUUAUGAACCUUUUUUAUAGGCCCACCCUCUAACGGCUAUACUGCAUGUGUAGUACCCUGUACCUCGAUCACUCUGUACACAGUAGGACCCUAAGCAUCCUGAAUCUUGUUUCUACUCUUAGGUCUGUGGCGUAAGUAAACCAGCUGGCCUACAUCAAUGGGUGGACAGUACACUUUGUCUUUGUGAAGUUCAACUUCCUCUGCUGCUUUUUGUUCUGUGUACUCUCUUGCUCUUGCAUGUGCCUCGUUCAAACGCUCCUGGUGAACAACCAACCAGUCAUGUUUCUUGUAAAGCAUCUGCUCUUGACCUAACAAAGCAUCAACAGGAAAGUGUGGAUGGACCCCGAAAAGCAGGUAGUACGGCGAGUACCCAGCGGUGUAAUGGGGUGUCACAUUGUAGGCAUACACCAAGUCAGGUAACUGCUCAGGCCAACAGCGCUUCUUUUCUGGAGGCAGUGUGCGCAGGAGAUCAUGGAGCGUUCUAUUAAACCUCUCACACUGAGCGUUUCCCUCAGGGUGAUGGGGGGUCGUGCAGGUUUUCUUGACUCCAUAAAGCUUAUACAACUCUGGUUGCAGACAUUAUUUAUGGUUCUCUUAAAGGGACAGUGCCAUCUAGUGGAUAUCAAUGAAUACAGCUAUGUGCUUUUACCACCUGGCUACAUAAAGAUAAAAAUCCCUUAAAAAUAUGUAAUUCAUGUUAUUAUCACUCUUUCAUUAUGAGGAUUAUUCUGUAACAGUUCUUGUUGAAGAAAAAAAAAACAUUCACCUAUUAUGUUUCGUAAGUUCUCUAUAUAUUCCUUACGGUGCUGCUUUACCUGAAACCUAGAUAUGUACUGUUUCUCUCCAGAGCAUAAGGUCUGUACCAGAGACAUCAGUGAAUUGAAAUGGCAUCUGAAAUUGAGAAGAGAUAAACUUUACCAAGGGAAGGAUAGAAUGAUCAAGACCAGAGGUUCUGAACCAGCUGUUAAAUGAGGACAUUGAUUUCGUCAAGAAAAAUGGGCCUCUCAUGAAGGACAAACUGCAGCUGGAGAGUGAUUUCAUGAACCAAAUUAAUACGGCUCAACGUGAGGUACUGUUCACAAUAAAUUGUGUUUAUUUAUUUGUUUCUACAUUGUUAUUGUCACACAUGUAUUGCAUAUAUUUCUAUUUUGUUGUUAUUUUAGGCCCAUGAGACAUUUUCAAAGACCUUCAAUGAACUCAAGAGAUUUCAAGAAGCGAUAAGUAAGGAAGAACUGAAAGCUGAUGAGGAGAGAGGAUUUAUGUUCCAUGAACUUAAGGGCAUCAGGAAUCUGCUUAAUGACAGACUGUGGGUACAGUACACAGCAUAAUAAAUAGUAUUACAGUAUCUGAUAGUUACACAAAGUGUUUUGGGGGAUAAAGUUUGAGUCUCUCAAAUGUAUUGUUUUCAACUUAAACAUGCCACUUGUACUGCAACUGCAUAGAAGGAACCAAAGCAAUAGUUGUUCAAGGACUCUUUCCUGUUAGGUGUUGAAUAUCUCCUUAUUUACGUGGUAACCUAACAGUGUUCUUAUAAUGUACUUACAACUGUAGCGUCAUGUUUACAGUUUGCACAAUUAGACAUACAGUGCCUUGCAAAAGUAUUCAUCCCCCUUGGCGUUUUUCCUAUUUUGUUGCAUUACAACCUGUAAUUUAAAUGGAUUUUUAUUUGGAUUUCAUGUAAUGGACAUACACAAAAUAGUCAAAAUUGGUGAAGUGAAAUGAAAAAAAUAACUUCUCAGUAUAUAUACACCUGUUCUGAAAUGCCCCAAAGUCUGCAACACCACUAAGCAAAGGGCACCACCAAGCAAGCGGCACCAUGAAGACCAAGGAGCUCUCCAAACAGGUCAGGGACAAAGUUGUGGAGAAGUACAGAUCAGGGUUGGGUUAUAAAAAAAUAUCAGAAACUUUGAACAUCCCACAGAGCACCAUUAAAUCCAUUAUUAAAAAAUUGAAAGAAUAUGGCACCAAAACUCAUGGACCAGGCAAGGAGGGCAUUAAUCAGAGAGGCAACAAAGAGACCAAAGAUAACCCUGAAGGAGCUGCAAAGCUCCACAGCAGACAUUGGAGUAUCUGUCCAUAGGACCACUUUAAGCUGUACACUCCACAGAGCUGGGCUUUAGGGAAGAGUGGCCAGAAAAAACGCCAUUGCUUAAAGAAGAAAAUAAGCAAACACGUUUGGUGUUCGCCAAAAGCCAUGUGGGAGACUCCCCAAACAUAUAGAAGAAGGUACUCUGGUCAGAGGAGACUAAAAUUACGCUUUUUGGCCAUCAAGGAAAACGCUAUGUCUGGCGCAAACCCAACACCUCUCAUCACCCCGAGAACACCAUCCUCACAGUGAAGCAUGGUGGUGGCAGCAUCAUGCUGUGGGGAUGUUUUUCAUCAGCAGGGACUGGGAAACUGGUCAGAAUGGAAGGAAUGAUGGAUGGUGCUAAAUACAGGGAAAUUCAGGCCUCCUGUAGCGCAGAUGGUAGAGCAUGGUGCUUGCAACGCCAGGGUUGUGGGUUCGAUUCCCACGGGGGGCCAGUAUGAAAAAUGUAUGCACUCACUAACUGUAAGUAACUCUGGAUAAGAGCGUCUGCUAAAUGACUAAAAUGUAAAAUUCUUGAGGGAAACCUGUUUCAGUCUUCCAGAGAUUUGAGACUGGGACGGAGGUUCACCUUCCAGCAGGACAAUGACCCUAAGCAUACUGCUAAAGCAACACUUGAGUGGUUUAAGGGGAAACAUUUAAAUGUCUCGGAAUGACAUACCAAUUGACAAUCUGUGGUAUGACUUAAAGAUUGCUGUACACCAGCGGAACCCAUCCAACUUGAAGGUGCUGGAGCAGUUUUGCAGAAUGGGCAAAAAUCCCAGAAGAAUGGGCAAAAAUCCCAGUGGCUAGAUGUGCCAAGCUUAUAGAGACAUACCCCAAGAUAAUUGCAGCUGUAAUUGCUGCAAAAGGUGGCUCUACAAAGUAUUGACUUUGGGGGGGGGGGUGAAUAGUUGUGCACGCUCAGGUUUUUUUGUUUUAUUUCUUGUUUGUUUCACAAUAAAACAUGUUUUGCAUCUUCAAAGUGGUAGGCAUGUUGUGUAAAUCAAAUGAUACAAACCCCCCAAAAAUCCAUUUGAAUUCCAGGUUGUAAGGCAACAAAAUAGGAAAAAUGCCAAGGGGGGUGAAUACUUUCGCUAGCCACAUUAGGAACACCUUCCUAAUAUUGAGUUGCACCCCCUUUUUUCCCUCAGAACAGCCUCAAUUUGUCGCGGCAGGUACUCUACAAGGUGUCAAAAGCGUUCCACAGGGAUGCUGGCCCAUGUUGACUCUAAUGCUUCCCACAGUUGUGUCAAGCUGGCUGGAUGUCCUUUGGGUGGUGGAUCAUUCUUGAGACACAUGGGAAACUGUUGACCAUGAAAAACCCAGCAGUGUUGCAGUUUUUGACACACUCAAACCGAUGCAUCUGGCACAUAUUACUAUACCCCGUUCAAAGUCACUUAAAUAUUUUGUCUUGCCUAUUCAUCCACUGAAUGGCACAAAUACACAAUCCAUGUCUCAAUUGUCUCAAGGCUUAAAAAUCCUUCUUUAACCUGUCUCCUCCCAUUCAUCUACACUGAUUGAAGGUGACAUCAAUAAGUGAUCAUAGCUUUCACCCGGAUUCACCUGGUCAGUCUAUACAAAAUAUAUAUACACAAAAGUAUGUGGACACCCCUUCAAAUUAGUGGAUUCGGCUAGUUCAGCCACACCUGUUGCUGACAGGAGUAUAAAAUCGAGCACACAGCCAUGCAAUCUCCACAGACAAACAUUGGCAGUAGAAUUACCUUACUUAAGAGCUCAGUGACUUUCAACGUGGCACCGUCAUAAGAGGCCACCUUUCCAACAAGUCAGUUUGUCAAAUGUAUGCCCUGCUAGAGCUGCCCCGGUCAACUGUAAGUGCUGUUAUUGUGAAGUGGAAAUGUCUAAGAGCAACAACGGCUCAGCCGUGAAGUGGUAGGUCACACAAGCUCACAGAACGGGACUGACGAGUGCUGAAGCGCGUAGCAUGUGAAAAUCACCUGUUCUCAGUUGCAACACUCACUACCAAGUUCCAAACUGCCUCUGGAAGCAACGUCAGCACAAUAACUGUUCGUCGGGAACCAUGGCUGAGCAGCCUAAGAUCACCAUGCGCAAUGCCAUGGUUCUGGCUAGGCCCCUUAGUUUCAGUGAAGGGAAAUCUUAACGCUACAGUGUAACGUAUAUGCCGGGAGUCAGAAAGUAGGUAAUGAUGUUUGCCAGGUGUGCGUAAUGAUGGGUUGCCAGGACCGGUAGUUAGUAGACCAGCGACAUUGAGUGCCGGAGUGGGAGGAGACGUGACAUACAGCAUAUGAUGAAAUUCUAGAUGAUUCUGUGCUUCCAACUUUGUGGCAACAGUUUGGGGAAGGCCCUUUCCUGUUUCAGCAUGACAAUGCCCCCUUGCAUAAAGCGAGGUCCAUUCAGAAAUAGUUUGUUGAGAUUGGUGUGGAAGAACUUGACUGGCCUGCACAGAGCCCUGACCUCAACCCCAUCGAACACCUUUGGGAUGAAUUGGAAAACCGACUGCGAGCCAGGCCUAAUCGCCCAACAUCAGUGCCCAACCUCACUAAUGCUCUUGUGGCUGAAUGGAUGCAAGUCCCCGCAGCAAUGUUCCAACAUCUAGUGGAAAGCCUUCCCAGAAGAGUGGAGGCUGUUAUAGCAGCAAAGGGGGGACCAACUCCAUAUUAAUGCCCAUGAUUUUGUAAUGAGAUGUUCGACAGGCAGGUGUCCGUCUACUUUUGGUCACGUAGUGUAUGUCAUGGAAAGAGCAGGAGUUCCUAAUGAUUUGUACACUCAGUGUAUAUUUGAUUUGAUAUAUUAGGAUCUCCAUUAGCCGACGCCAAUGGCGACAGCUAGUCUUACUGGGGUCUGACACAUAAUGAAAAAGAAAUUACAGACAAAUGUACAUACAUGGGAAAAAGUAUUAGUCGCCACCAUUGGCAGUUUCCCUUAAAAGAUAGAGAGGCCUGUACAUAUAUGAACGUCCUGACACAAUUGAAUUUUUUUUUCCAGAAAAUAACAUUGUAGGAUUUUCAUGAUUAUUGCAAUUAUGGUGGAAAUAAGUAUUUGGUCACCUACAAACAAGCAAGAUUUCUGGCUCUCACAGACCUGUAACUUCUUCUUUAAGAGGCUCCUCUGUCCUCCACUCGUUACCUGUAUUAAUGGCACCUGUUUGAACUUGUUAUCAGUAUAAAAGACACCUGUCCACAACCUCAAACAGUCACACUCCAAACUCCACUAUGGCCAAGACCAAAGAGCUGUCAAAGGACACCAGAAACACAAUUGUAGACCUGCACCAGGCUGGGAAGACUGAAUCUGCAAUAGGUAAGCAGCUUGGUUUGAAGAAAUCAACUGUGGGAGCAAUUAUUAGGAAAUGGAAGACAUACAAGACCACUGAUAAUCUCCCUCGAUCUGGGGCUCCACGCAAGAUCUCACCCUGUGGGGUCAAAAUGAUCACAAGAACGGUGAGCAAAAAUCCCAGAACCACAUGGGGGGACCUAGUGAAUGACCUGCAGAGAGCUGGGACCAAAGUAACGAAGCCUACCAUCAGUAACACACUACGCCGCCAGGGACUCAAAUCCUGCAGUGCCAGACGUGUCCCCCUGCUUAAGCCAGUACAUGUCCAGGCCCGUCUGAAGUUUGCUAGAGUGCAUUUGGAUGAUCCAGAAGAGGAUUGGGAGAAUGUCAUAUGGUCAGAUGAAACCAAAAUAUAACUUUUUGGUAAAAAUUCAACUCGUCGUGUUUGGAGGACAAAGAAUGCUGAGUUGCAUCCAAAGAACACCAUACCUACUGUGAAGCAUUGGGGUGGAAACAUCAUGCUUUGGGGCUGUUUUUCUGCAAAGGGACCAGGACGACUGAUCCGUGUAAAGGAAAGAAUGGAUGGGGCCAUGUAUCGUGAGAUUUUGAGUGAAAACCUCCUUCCAUCAGCAAGGGCAUUGAAGAUGAAACGUGGCUGGGUCUUUCAGCAUGACAAUGAUCCCAAACACACCGCCCGGGCAACGAAGGAGUGGCUUCGUAAGAAGCAUUUCAAGGUCCUGCAGUGGCCUAGCCAGUCUCCAGAUCUCAAUGUAUACAUAUGUGUGCAUCUAUCAGUUACACAUAAAUGUCAGUACAUACACACAACAAGUAGUUCACAUGGGGGAGAGGCGUUGUGCCGUGAGGUGUUGCUUUAUUCGUUUUUUUAAACCAGGUUUGCUGUUCACUUGUGCUAUAUAAUACUGUACGUUUCCUUGAAUUUGUUCUUGACCUGGGGACUGUGAAAGACCCCUGGUGGCAUGUCUGGUGGGGUAAGUGUGUGUGUCAGUACUGUGUGUAAGUUGACUAUGCAAACAAUUUGGAAUUUCCAACACAAAAACAAGAAGUGACCCAGUCAGUCUUUCCUCAACUCUUAGCCAAGAGAGACUGGCAUGCAUAGUAUUAAAAUUAGCCCUCUGAUUACAAUGAAGAGCAAGACGUGCCACUCGGUUCUGGGCCAGCUGCAGCUUAACUAGGUCUUUCUUUGCAGCACUUGACCAUAUGACUGGACAAUCAAGAUAAGAUAGAACUAGAGCCUGCAGGACUUGCUUUGUGGAGUGUGGUGUCAAAAAAGCAGGUAAUCUCUUUAUUACGGACAUACCUCUCCCCAUCUUUACAACCAUUGAAUCUAUAUGUUUUGACCAUGACAGUUUACAAUCUAAGGUAACAACAAGUAAUUUAGUAUCCUCAACUUGAUCAACAGCCACACCAUUCACUACCAGAUUCAGCUGAGGUCUAGAACUUAGGGAAUGAUUUGUACCAAACACAAUGCUCUUAGUUUUAGAGAUGUUCAGGACCAGUUUAUUACAUGCCACCCAUUCCAAAACUAACUGCAACUCUUUGUUAAGGGUUUCAGUGACUUCAUUAGCUGUGGUUGCUGAUGCAUAUAUGGUUGAAUCAGCAGCAUACAUGGACACAUGCUUUGUUUAAUGCCAGUGGCAGGUCAUUGGUAAAAAUAGAAAAGAGUAGAGGGCCUAGAGAGCUGCCCUGCGGUACACGAUAUGGCAGAGGUUGAAAAGCCAUAAAACAUACGUUUUUUUAACAACAGAUUAUGGCCAAUAAUAUCAAAGGCUACACUGAAAUCUAACAGUACAGCUCCCACAAUCUUCUUACAGUGCUAUGAAAAACUAUUUGCCCCCUUUCUAAUUUUCUCUACUUUUGCAUAUUUGUGAUACUGAAUGUUAUCAGAUCUUCAACCAAAACCUAAUAUUAGAUAAAGGGAACAUAAGUGAACAAAUAACACAACAAUUACAUAUUUAUUUCAUUUAUUUCAUAAACAAAGUUAUGCAACACCCAAUUCCCCUGUGUGAAAAAGUAAUUGCCCCCUUACACUCAAUAACUGGUUGUGCCACAUUUAGCUGCAAUGACUCCAACCAAAUGCUUCCUGUAGUUGUUGAUCAGUCUCUCACGUCGCUGUGGAGGAAUUUUGGCCCACUCUUCCAUGCAGAACUGCUUUAACUCAGUGACGUGUGGGUUUUCAAGCAUGAACUGCUCGUUUCAAGUCCUGCCACAACAUCUCAAUUGGGAUUAGGUCUGGACUAGGCCAUUCCAAAACUUCCAAUUUGUUGCUUUUUAGCAAUUUUAAUGUAGACUUGAUUGUGUGUUUUGGAUCAUUGUCUUGCUGCAUGACCCAGCUGCGCUUCAGCUUCAGCUCACAGACGGAUGGUCUGACAUUCUCCUGUAGAAUUCUCUGAUACAGAGCAGAAUUCAUGGUUCCUUCUAUUAAGGCAAGUCGUCCAGGUCCUGAGGCAGCAAAGCAUCCCCAAACCAUCACACCACCACCAUGCUUGAACUUUGGUAUGAUGUUCUUACUGUGGAAUGCAGUGUUUGGUUUUCGCCAGGCAUUACUGGAACCAUGUCGUCCAUUGUUUACAGAGAAAUAGCAUUGUAUUUGGUCAAACACAUUUUUUUCCAACAGUUUGCUAAGAGCUGGCAGCAAGUCUGCUGUUAGAACCAGUAAAGGCCAUGCACAUAAGUUCCUUACUCUUUGCGAGUACAAUGUAUAUACAUUUUUUGGUCACAGGUUGUAGAGUUGAAAAUAUUAAUCGAGGUAGAAGGUAAAAACAUUUCCCAAUUAAAGGAAGAGAUUUCAGAGCUGCAGAAAGAAGUCCAUGCAACUGUAAGUGAUGUCAUCAUAGUUAUGUUGACAUAUCAUAUUUUUCACAAUAUUUAAUUUAUUGCAUACAAUAUCCUCCUAACGUUGUGUCCGGGCAUAUUCCAGAGACUUGCAGGUGAAGCGGCGGUCUCUCACUCCGAGGAGGUGUUCCGUAAGAAACAUCAGGACACCUUGGAUCUCCAUGAGGAAAACAAAGUAUAUGAACUGGAGAUUGAGGACUACAGCAAAAAGAUCUAUGAGGGGUAUAUCACUUCAAUCAAAUUACAAUAUUUUAUAUUUAUCUAAUACUAAUCACUUAGGAAAGGGAUCCGUAACACGAUUAUACAUUGUAGUAUCAAGUACUUGGUCAGUGUUACUCUGAUGAUGGGUCCGUCUGACGUGUGUGUGUGCGUACAUACCAGUGUGUAUGUGUGUGUACCUACGUACGAGUGUGUGUCUGUGUGUGUCCAUCAGUGAACAAGCAGUGAAGCAGCUUCAGAAGAACAGGAAGCGCAUGCUGCAGAAGAUCAGUGUGAACGAGGACCAGAUAGCAGAGGCUAAGGAGGAGCUGUCCCAGAUGGCAACGCUGCACGCCAACACCAAGGUCAACUUGGAGGAGCUGGAGCAGAAGACCUUCAUGGUGGAGCAGAGGAUGAGAGUCUGUGUGAAAAGAGCCAUGCACUUAGCUAGACAUCCAUGCACUCUAACCUGUAGUAAAUUAAUCCUAGAUAUAGAGGUUGCAUAUCCUUAUUGACACGUCUAAUGUUUAGAUUCAGCCCUUUGACCAUUAGAUAUUGUCAAUCACAUAAUCUGCACUAUUUGUCAGUGAAAUAAGCACAUACUUUUAGAGAUUCAUCCAUGCAUGGAACCUCACUACCAAGGUGGGUUUGUGAAAGGAGCACCUGCAGAUAGACGUUCAGAUAUGCACUAGUAGAUCCAUGUACCAUGAUGGAAUGGGCUUCUUUACUAGUGUUACUGAUGCAACACAUCAAUAUCUCCUCAGAAAGUGACUGAGAAUCUGAAGAAAGACGAGCGAGAUGAAAGCCCUGGUCAUUCUGAAGGUAAAUCUGAAGGCACGUUUUCUGUACAGUUUCGAGUUUCACGGUUGGUUCUGUCGAGUAUCUUUUUACUUUCACGUGUGUUAUAAAAACAGUAAUAUGAUAAGAGACUGAUAUGAUUCCUUGUGUAGAACAGUUUUGUUCAGUUUUAAACUGUAUUUCAGGGUAAAAUAACAACUAUUGAAGCAGAAUUACACCAGGAGAAAACCAACACAGAAAACGCCAGAUGGGAACUUCAUAAGGAAUUUGAGGAGGCGUCAUCAGCUACAAAACAACUGGAAAUUGAAACAGAAAAACUGAGAAAGAUUUUAUGUUCAGUUUACUGUAUUUGAAUUUUAGUGAGAGAUGUUGAGUAUUUCAAAUUCAAUCAGGGACGGCCUGUUCAAUAGGGCGAUAUGGGCGACGCACUGCCAAACGGGAAAAGGAAGGGAUUUUUUUUCUAAUCAAUUAUAUCACGGCAACAGUAGUUAUCAGUGUUCACGUCUGAUCUGCCAGCCACUAAAUGUCAAAUCAGGCUAAAGUCGUGCUUCAAAUGGCCCCGCCCGUUUUUGGGGCGAUUUCAGUCAAGUUGAAAAUCGCCCAGAAGUCUCUCAUAGCCUGUCAUGUAAAAUCUAUUUUUUUCAAAUUUCAAAGCUUUCAAUACAUUCUCUAUGGGUGUCUGUGGGCUUGCACUUACGCGCUUUCGUCAUACGUGACGUAACCAUGAACGUAACUAAGACAAUAGCGGCUAGCAGCGUCUCUGUUGCGACCUGCAGUGUGGCGUUAUUUUAUGUUUUUAAUUUGUAGACUUAGUUUACAAACAUUCUGCCAACCAUGGAUUUCCAGUGGUUGGUUUUGGACUGAUCUUGUUGAUCGUGUACAUACCCGCUACGAACGGACUAAAUAAUGAAAACGCUGCUGGCAGCGGAAUCCCAAUACAGCUGGGAGACUUGGCUGGAUGACAGAGUCCCGGACAGAGAAGUGGAGCCGGCCGGCUUCACCCUGGUCAGAGCGGACCGCGAUCCUGGUAAGAGAGCGACUCUGUACCCCGACAUUGAACUGCUUUCUGUGUCAUUGCGACCUUACUAUCUGCCCCGUGAGUUCCCCCAAUUGUUUGUUACCGUUGUGUACUGUUGAUAAUCACAAGUUUACUGGAGAACUGAGACCAAGUAGAGACUUUGGACAGGGUGGAUAUGGUAUAAUAAAGGCAGUUUAUUCAGAGGUAAAGAUAUCUGGAAUCGCGUGCACGGACUCGUUCGUCAAACUCUUAGGGAGAAGAGAGCCCCGAAAACAUUGUGUGCAGACAUUUUAUACAAUAAAUGAUGUAGGUUGAAUCUAGUAGUUCUGAUCUUCUGAUUGGUCCUGAUGAGUUGGGCGAGGUCCCCUCCACUGUUGCAUUGGCUCUGAGUCGGGUUCUCUGUCUUCAAAUGUUCAGCCUAAAGAGAGGGGAUUUUUGUGUGUGUGUGUGUGUGUGUUUAACAGUGAUGAUGUGUGUGUGUGUGUGUGUUAUCAGUGAUGAUGUGUGUGUGUGUGUGUGUGUGUGUGUCCUCAGAGCAAGAACUCGUGAGUUGGAAGAACUGAGAGACCUAUGGCGUGGGUGUUGUCCUUGGCCACCUGCUGACAAGGCUGACAAGAUAGGACUCUUUUGUCCAUUGUUAUAGGAUAGGAACAGCAUUGAUUGAAAACAAACGCCCAACACAAAAUGGGUCAUGCACAAGAUUUUAGUCAGACCAAGCUAUAACAUUAUAUAUUUACUACGACAGUACAUUCAACCAAAAGCUAAUAUAACAAAGGCAUCAGAGAUUAUUUAUAAUCUGUCACAGAAACUGGAAUCCAUCUCCCCAGAUCAGUCAAUAAAUGCUUCUGGUAUUGACUUAUAUGCUGCCCCUGUCUUCAUGUUGUUGCUGGACAUAUCUUUUUUAAAAUGUGUGUAGGUCACCUAAAUCAUCAGAAAAAUUGCCCCUCCUGAGAAUUUUUUCAGGAGCCGCCACUGAAUUCAAUUGAUUAUUCAUUUCUCUGUUUCAGAAAAUAUUAAGUUUAAGCAACUCAGUGAUAUUCUAACAAAACACAACAACAUUUCAGUUUGUCUGUAAAAGGAACGGAACAUGAAACUUUUCCAUCUAAAUACUGUCAAGGUACGAUAAAGCAAGGGUUUACACACAGUCACUUACAAAUGUGUUUAAUUUUCAGAAUAGUGUGAAAUGUAAGGGAUAUUAGCACAACACAUUUCAUAACAUCAUGCAUUACAUCUAAUACACACGCAUAAUUUCCAAGUUGGGCCCCGUGUAGCUCAGUUGGUAGAGCAUGGCGCUUGCAACGCCAGGGUUGUGGGUUCGAUUCCCACGGGGGGCCAGUAUAAAACAAUAUAUAUAUAUAUUUAAUGUUUUAAAAAAUAUGUAUGCACUCCCUAACUGUAAGUCGCUCUGGAUAAGAGCGUCUGCUAAAUAUGUAAGUUAUAAGGUCAUGUACAUUAAGGGAAAAAAGUAUUUGAUCCCCUGCUGAUUUUGUACGUUUGUCCACUGACAAAGACAUAAUCAGUCUAUAAUUUUAAUGGUAGGUUUAUUUGAACAGUGAGAGACAGAAUAACAACAAAAAAAUCCAGAAAAACGCAUGUAAAAAAUGUUAUUAAAUGAUUUGCAUUUUAAUGAGGGAAAUAAGUAUUUGACCCCUCUGCAAAACAUGACUUAGUACUUGGUGGCAAAACCCUUGUUGGCAAUCACAGAGGUCAGACGUUUCUUGUAGUUGGCCACCAGGUUUGCACACAUCUCAGGAGGGAUUUUGUCCCACUCCUCUUUGCAGAUCUUCUCCAAGUCAUUAAGGUUUCGAGCCUGACGUUUGGCAACUCGAACCUUCAGCUCACUCCACAGAUUUUCUAUGGGAUUAAGGUCUGGAGACUGGCUAGGCCACUCCAGGACCUUAAUGUGCUUCUUCUUGAGCCACUCAUUUGUUGCCUUGGCCGUGUGUUUUGGGUCAUUGUCAUGCUGGAAUACCCAUCCACGACCCAUUUUCAAUGCCCUGGCUAAGGGAAGGAGGUUCUCCCCCAAGAUUUGACGGUACAUGGCGCCGUCUAUCGUCCCUUUGAUGCGGUGAAGUUGUCCUGUCCCCUUAGCAGAAAAACACCCCCAAAGCAUAAUGUUUCCACCUCCAUGUUUGAUGGUGUGGAUGGUGUUCUUGGGGUCAUAGGCAGCAUUCCUCCUCCUCCUAACAUGGCGAGUUGAGUUGAUGCCAAAGAGCUCCAUUUUGGUCUCAUCUGACCACAACACUUUCACCCAGUUCUCCUCUGAAUAAUUCAGAUGUUCAUUGGCAAACUUCAGACGGGCCUGUAUAUGUGCUUUCUUGAGCAGGGGGACCUUGCGGGCGCUGCAGGAUUUCAGUCCUUCACGGUGUAGUGUGUUACCAAUUGUUUUCUUGGUGACUAUGGUCCCAGCUGCCUUGAGAUCAUUGACAACAUCCUCCCGUGUAUUUCUGGGCUGAUUCCUCACCGUUCUCAUGAUCAUUGCAACUCCACGAGGUGAGAUCUUGCAUGGAGCCCCAGGCCUAGGGAGAUUGACAGUUCUUUUGUGUUUCUUCCAUUUGCGAAUAAUCGCACCAACUGUUGUCACCUUCUCACCAAGCUGCUUGGCGAUGGUCUUGUAGCCCAUUCCAGCCUUGUGUAGGUCUACAAUCUUAUCCCUGACAUCCUUGGAGAGCUCUUUGGUCUUGGCCAUGGUGGAGAGUUUGGAAUCUGAUUGAUUGAUUGCUUCUGUGGACAGGUGUCUUUUAUACAGGUAACAAGCUGAGAUUAGGAGCACUCCCUUUAAGAGUGUGCUCCUAAUCUCAGCUCGUUACCUGUAUAAAAGACACCUGGGAGCCAGAAAUCUUUCUGAUUGAGAGGGGGUCAAAUACUUAUUUCCCUCAUUAAAAUGAAAAUCAAUUUAUAAAAUUUUUGACAUGCGUUUUUCUGGAUUUUGUUGUUGUUAUUCUGUCUCUCACUGUUCAAAUAAACCUACCAUUAAAAUUAUAUACUGAUCAUUUCUUUGUCAGUGGGCAAACGUACAAAAUCAGCAGGGGAUCAAAUACUUUUUUCCCUCACUGUAUUUUGAAUCAGAAGGUGGGUGGGACUACAGUAAGAAUCUCUCCUCUCCUCACAACCACCCUCUGUUCUGCCAAUAUAAUAUAAUAGGCCUUCUACCCUAUCUAGAGUAUUUGGAAUUUAUUAUCAUUGUAAGCCUGUUGCACCAGAGACCCUGGAAAGCUUGAAAGUAUUAGUUUGAUUCAUGCUGUGCUCAGAACAUGAAGCGUCACCAUUAACUUUGAAGUCUUGGCUUUUCCAUCAUUGAUAUUACCACAGGAAUCAGCUUGGCAUUAUUCCAAAUCAAUUGAUUGCCGUUCACCUGUAUUUUCACAUUUAUCAGGUUAGUCUUUGAUGCCGUAGAGUUAAAAAACCAAACAGCUAUGUUGAUCAUGAACACCUUGGAACGUGAUGUCACCAACUUUCAAUAACGGAUGGAGCAAACAGUGGAAACUCAUACUACUCUGUUCACAACCAGACAGCAGAAAAUGGGUCAUUUGGUUGAAUACAAAGUGGUUUGGUUUAUGUUGUACUCACUGACUUUAGUAUCACUGGUAUUCCUCAUACAGCAAAAUUUGCUGGAAUUGUGGAUUUUAUCUCUUGAGACUAUGUACAAUUUAGAUUCACCUGAAAUGUUGACUUGCCAUUUGUUUUAACCUCAGGUAGGCUAAGUGCUUGAAACAAACAAUGUUCAGUUUUCAAACAUGCCCAUUGGCAUUUGUUUUCAUAGUGGUACUGUAUAUUGGUAACAAACACAAGAGGAUGUCUGAAAGAGUCCUCACCUUAUUAUGUAGUUAUUUGUGGAUUAGUGUCAGUAGAAUUACUCACCACAAUCCGUUGUGAGAAGACAACAACAGCGUAUAAGCAAUUAAAAUGACUAGCCAAGGUCAAUCUUGUUGUUUUUUAAAGGAGUCACAAGUAACUGAUGAAACAUUUUAGGUCUCUCCUGUAUUGGUGAAUCUUUCUUGGUUAGACAUUUGCCGUAUUCAGUUACCUGUAUGUUUAAUCAUCAUAUUGAUUUCAAGACAAGGCUAUUGUUUCCAACCUCACACCAUGGACAGCACAGUGAUAAAACACCUUUUCAUCAUUCUGAUAUGUUUUGGUAUUCACCUCAAAAAGGAUAUGAGUGGGGAAAAAAAUACUAGAUUUUCUGUCUUGUACAUUAUUGGAUAUUUAAAUGCUUUGUUUUAAAGCCUUAUAUAUUGUAAGGAUUUCAUCUACAGCAUGCAGGAUAGGAUGAUGGGAGUCUCACAUGGCUUAUCUAAUGUGAAAUCGCCAUGUGGUAUGGAGUUUCAUUAAACGGUGAUCAAGAAUGCAUUAGUUCAAAACAAGAAAAGGCAAUGGAGCUUAGGCCGCCAUGCAUCCGCGAGCGUAGCAACUUUAAAGAAGUUGUUGGCGUGAGACAAUUUAAGAAUGAGGAAGUCUUCCUUAUAGACACAAGUGUCAUUAGCCUGAUAAAAGGCAGUCAUGCAAAAAGAGCUUUAGCCUUUUUAACUUGAAAAAAUCUAAUGGAAACAACAAUAGGCCUAUAGCCCCUCUCACCAAAUGAAAAGAUCAAGAGUUAGAGAGAGUGUUAAGUUAUAAGGAAAUGGGUUACUUUGAUCAUUAGGUUCAAUAUAAAGCACGCACAUAAUGUCCACAUUAGCAUAACAUAAUAAGCACACUAAGCAUUUGGGAACCGGCGUGCGUCACUCAGAGAACGGCGUACACACUAAUGGCUCGACACAUUUGAGAUAUAAAAUUACACAGAAGAAAGAUGCUGACCUCAUAUCAUUGGAAGGCCCUGGAGGUCACUAUGGAUGUUGACUGUUGGGAUGUUAACUGUCGGGUAGAGCCAAUUAGCAUGGCUAUCAGCUCAGAGGAGGAGUGUGUGUGUGUUCGUGUGUGUGUGUGUGUUUUUGAUGGCAUGCUCAUCGGCUUUCCACAGCAUCCACAAACAGAAUUUACCUCUGUUGUCUGUAUAUAGACACAUUAACAAAGAGUAACACUGAGUCAAUUUAGAUUAAAUGAAAUGAAAUCAGCUUGUCUUGUUGUCCUGCAGGUAAACUGGCUGCCAUCUCCAAUUUCCAAACCCAAACAUUUCCGAAGCGUUUCCACCAUCAACAUGGUGUCUUCCUUCGUUAAUUUAAUCAAGCGGCUAGCUGACGUUUGACGUAGUCACUGUGGAUAAAGUAAACAACGUACACAAACUGCAGACGCCAUCAGUUUCUUAUGGGCAAUGAAGUGUAAUUUGUUCAAUUUACACUUCAGACAACAGCACACAUCAGAUGGGCUUUGUCAGUAGUGCUGCAUGCCUUGCCUGCUGUAAUUAAACCUGAAAUCAAUAGCAGGCAUUUGUCAUGUUUACGGCCCGUCUCUCUCGCUCUCUUUCUGCUGGGUUAAACUCGUCACUUUAGUGCUGCUGCUGUUGUGUUUUACUGCAGAGACACACUUCAUUAUGUUAUUUCGUUUUGCAGGUACAGUAUAGUACACUGCAGUCGAGAUAGGCACCAGGAUACAGUAAGGGUGGGGUGGGGGGAGGGGGGGGGGGGGGGGGGGGGGGGGGGGGGGGAGGAGAGGAAAGAGAGAGAGAGAGAGACUCAUUGUUAUUUAUUUGCUUCAUUCCCCCGAAUAGUGUCCAGUUUAAGUGUCUGUGUUUGUCCCUGUGUGCCCUAGUUUGUAAGACUCACAUGUACACUAGUGUACACUUACAAGCACAUACAGAUAGUCUCACAGACAUGUACAUGCACCACCUCCUAAACAACCUAUGACAAAAUAUGUUAUUGGAAAUCAAUUUUAAGCUCGUCAUAAUGCUGAGUAUACAGUAUUUCCUAAAUACAUACAUCUAUGGCUUCACUCCCAGGCCUAUGGGAUCAUAAGAAUGCGUAUCUCUCGUUUCUGUAGUCCCAGCCUGGGACAGUGAUCCAUAUCUUUGAUCACUCAUAUAGUAUCUGACAUCCAACGUGUACAGUAUUAAGUGCAGUAUAACUGCUGCUUCAGCAUGUAUUGUUCUUUGGUAGAACUGUAGCAGCUCUCCUCCGCUAGGGCUUGAUGGAACCAACCACCAUGAUGGAACUCCUCAGUCAUACUGUACCCACUUAGAGAACUGCAACCUGCCAUGUCUCCUCAAUACUCUCUGUGACUUUGGACCAUUCUCAUAAGCCUGUCAACUGCUUGAUGUGACAGGACACCUUGUUAUCAAGAUAUGUGGAACUGUGUUUUUAAAAAGUAUAACUGAACUUGCGUUUCUCUGUGUGUGUUGUAGGCUGACCUAAAGGUAGCCCUUAAAGAGAAGGUUGAGUUGGCCCAUGAGUAUAGAGACCUUAAGAAUGCCUUGAUGAUCGCCAAGCAGGAGGCUGUGUUGUGUGUUCGACGAGAUGAACCGAGCGGAGGCAUCUUUUUAUGACCACGUGUCUACUUCCUAAUGUUAUUCAAUUAUGGAGCUUUACAUUUUGAAUCAUAAUCACAGUCAUUGAAUCAUACAUUUAAAUCAUGAUAUUAUAUUAUAUGAAAUUACACUCACCGGCCAGUUUAUUAGGUACACUCAUCUAGUACUGGGUCGGACCCCCCUUUGUCUCCAGAAUAGCCUGAAUUCUUUGGGCAUGGAUUCUACAAGAUGGAAACGCUCCACAGGGAUGUUUUAUCCAUGCUGACACAGUUACUGCAGAUUGCAUGGUGGUACACCACCGCCACCAGCCUGUACCCUUGACACCAGGCAGGAUGGGUCCAUGGACUCAUGCUGCUUACGCCAAAUCCUGACUCUGCCAUCAGCAUGACGCAACAGGAACCGGGAUUCGUCAUACCAGGCGAUGUUUCUCCACUCUUCAGUUGUCCAGUGUUGGUGAUCACAUGCCCACUGGAGCCGCUUUGUUUUUAGCUGAUAGGAGUGGAACCUGGUGUGGUCAUCUGCUGCAAUAGCCCAUCCGUGACAAGGAUCGAUGAGUUGUGCAUUCCGAGAUGCCGUUCUGCACACCACAGUUGUACUGCGCCGUUAUUUGUCUGUUUGUUAGCUUGCACGAUUCUUACCAUUCUCCUUCUACCUCUCUCAUCAACAAACUGUUUUUACCCACAGGACUGCCGCUGACUGGAUGUUUUUUGUCUGUCGCACCAUUCUCGGGAAACUCUAGACACUGUCAUUCGUGAAAAGCCCAGGAGGACGGAUGUUUAUGAGAUACUGGAUCCGGCGUGCCUUGCACUGACAAUCAUACCAUGCUCAAAGUCGUUUAGGUCACUCGUUUUGCCCAUUCUAACGUUCAAUCGAACAGUAACUGAAUGCCUCGAUGCCUGUCUGUCUGCUUUAUAUAGCAAGCCACGUGACUCACUGUCUGUAGGAGCGAUCCAUUUUCGUGAUUGGGUGGUAUACCUAAUAAACUGGCCGUUGAGUGUAUAUUAUAUUCAGUUUGCCAGUUGAUUGGAAUGUUUCUUUGCAUGGUCAGUUAUUUUCGGAUGGUUUUAGUUGGGCAACCAAUGAGAAGGUUACUGCAGUAAUCUGAUUUUAAUUAGAUAACUUUAGUGUAGGAGGAUUAUGGAUGUCAUAUAGUAGUAUUUCUGCCCAGGGGGAGUUGAGAGAGGCGAUAGGUGGAUGGAAUUCAUGCAAACGCAUAAAGACUAAGUUCACUAUGCAGUCUUGAAUGGGUCUCUGAAUAAGGAUGCGUCCAAAAUAGCACCCUAUUCCCUUUAUAGUGCGCUACUUUUUCACCAGGGCCCAUAGGGCUCUAGUCAAAAGUAGUGCACAAUAAAGGGAAUAGGGUGCUAUUUUGGACACAUCCUUAUUCAGAGACCUAAAUAGGGUGCCAUUUGGGAUGCAUAAUACGUUUCUUUCAAGGUGUUCCAAGGUGACAUGUUUCAUUAUGUUUAUGUUACACAUUAGCUUCUGUUCACUGGGUGGUCAAUGGGAGAGAGAACCAUAGCAAGCACAGGUAAAGAAUAGAAAAAGAGAAUGCACUUGCAAUGCUAAUACUCCCAAAGGUCUUAAAUGAGAAACUACAGAAGAACUUAUACUCCCAAAGGUGUUGAAUAGUUGUGAGAGACUACAGAACCGUUUUGGUCUUUAUGGUCCGGGACGCAAUUUAACUUUGAUCUUGAGAGGAAUUGCAGAUGACAACCAUAUCCUAUAGCCUAACCAGGAAAUAAAAUGCACUGCUCGGCACUGCACUGGCAAUAAGCAAUAGACAUCAUUUGUUUCCCAAAAUGACUAAUACCUUUACUUGAGCAAUUCCUCAUCUGACUGCAUGAAUGUUAUCAAGUGAGAAAUGCAUGCAGAAAUAAAAUCCUGUGGACAGGAUUCUCCACGCUCAUGAUCAAAGCCUGAUUUUCUUUUACUCUGGAUUCAGCCUCCCUCAACCAUUUCUGUUUGUUUCAACUCUAGACAGGUUUAGUACAGCACCACCGUCCUAUCAAUCACGUUCUCUACCCAAAUUAAGCUUGAUAAUGUGCCUGUCAUUUACUUAAAUUGACUAUCAUUAUAGAAUAGACAAUGUUUCUCAGUGUUGUUUUUAAAAAUCUAAUCUAGACUUCUUCCUGUUAUUACCUAGGUAACCAACAUCUCUCAUUUUCUCAUAAAAAAUAGAAACAGAUUUAAGUUAAUGAACUGAAUUGUUGGUUUUUGAUUGAUUUGCUGAUUUUCAUAUCCCUCUGCCGAUCUAAUUUCUAUCAGUUGCCAUUCUCAAUACACAAUGUUUUUCAUAGUGGCUAGCUGGCUAACAGAGAAGAAAGACUAGUUGCCAAGGACACAGCACACUGGUGGGAUCAUAUCAUAGCAUACAUUGUUUGACAGCCCAUAGCAAUACUGUGUACAGGAAUGACAUGGCUCACUCCAAACAUGCUACAAGUUCUCAGUUGUUUGAAGAGCCUGUAAAAUGUUUGAUAUUCAGCAGAGGGAGCCAAUGGAAGCUCCUACUAAGGCUCUCUAAUGUCUAUCUGACUCAUCAAACCAUGGUUUACAGGCUUUGGCCUGUUAUAAUACAAACAUAUGUAGCCCCAUGGUAAUAAGACAUUGUACUCACACAGAUACCUCACACAUUCUUAAGAUACCUCACACAUUCUGAAUGUAGGCAUUUGUAAUUAGUUUACAUAUAUAGUAAGUUCAUGUUAGCGCUUGGUUUAUUUUUGAAUCACCUGCAAAUAGCUAAAUGCUUCAAUGCUCCAACCCAACACUUUCCUCAAGUGCUAACCUAAAAAUGGUUUGUGUUAUUUCUCCUCCAAUAGCAUCAGUUACUUUAUGGUUCAUGUAAGUGUCCUCUUAUCACUGCAUUUAAGUAUUGUUUUGUUUAUGUGGAUGGAGCUCUCAGCACAGGUUUUUAACAGGGCACACCAUAAAGAGCAUUCCUGUUAUUGUCUUUCCUUCAGCAGUUGAUGGCUGAGCUAAUUUGCUUUAGUUUCUCUAUGCACUGGGGAACACAUUGCCAAGCAAUGAUAAGCUUUGUAGGAAGAGAAGAGACAUGGAGGGAGGAAGAAAAAGCAAUGGCAUCUAUCAGAAUUGAAAGAAACCUCUUUGCUUGAAACUGUGUUCAAAUAAUAAAGCGAGCAGCAUGUCUUUCCAAUAGACUAGGAAUAAUUUCUAGUUUCGGUGGGGGGUUCAUGACUGUGUGUAUGUGUAAAAUAUGUCUUGAGGGGAUUGGUAUAAAGUUAAACUGGGUGAAGUAGAAAUAUUUUACUCAUCAGCUUUGCAGUCACAGAGUUUGCCUCGGCUAGAACAAAACUGCUGAAGCAUUUAGAGAAAAUUAACCCCCCAUCCUGGCAGCCAGAUGUGACUGGAUUCUGAUGACUGCACACGAGUGAGCAGAGAAACCAAGAGACUGUGAAAUUCCUGUCAGGCCCGUGUACUGCAGAAUGGGCUAUUGACUGCUUUCUCUAUUCCCCUCCAUCAUUCUUCUUGAACACUGCCAUUAAUUUCCUCUCCUGCCUUCCCAAUUCCUUUUUCUCUCUUUUCCUUUCCUUUCCUUCUUUCUCCCUGUCUCCCCCACCCUCCUAGCUUUCUUUGUUGCCGAAGAGGAUGCACAAAGCUGUGGUGAAAUACUUCAGACAACGCAGCCUCUACAGCCUGGCUGAACUGGCCCGCUUCCAGAACCUCUCUAACGAGAACAACCAUAAAAUAAAAACCAUCCAGGUAUGUACGUGUUUCAUAGGACUUUCCCAUGUGGAUCCACACCCAGACAACAUUACAACCAUUCAGUUUAAUGUGUUUUUCUUCAAUUCUUCAAUCCGCCUGCCUAGUCCUACAGUAUAAAGGGUUGGGAAGAUCCAUGGGUUGAGUAGAUAUUUUAAUUAAAUGGGAGUAUAAUAAUUUAUAACAGUAUAAUAACUUCAUAUAAUGCUGAGCAUGUGUGGCAUCCCAAAUUUAAAACAUGGUGAGCUGAGCAUUAUGCCUCCAUUUGCAAGGAACUAACCAGUCCAAUAACCCACAGUAAAACAUUCACCGGUCACCAUGGCUGUCUGUAGUGUCAUCACACUAGAGUUAAAGACGCCACCGCCACCCUUCCUCCAUACAUCCAGUCGUCACAACGCCAGCACAGUGACGUGAUUGAUGAUGUGUCGGCGAGAGCGCCAAUGGCAUGCAGUGACCCGGUGUCAGGCUAG